AUUACAAACAACACGUGUAAGUAACGUAUUCACAACUUACUUGGCGAUAAUUGGACUUGCAUCGAUAUGAAAUUGGGACUUGUGAUUUUCGGCAUCUUGUCUGUCCUUUCACAGGGCCAGGCACAUUAUCCCCACCACCACUAUCAUCAUCAUCACCAUCAUGGACACACUCAUCACCACGCUCCUGCUCCAGUUGUGCACCACCAUGCUCCAGCCCCAGCACCUGUUGUCCAUACCCAUGCUCCCGUUACAUCACCAGCACCAACCACUACUGUUGCUGCUCCAAUCCCCAGCACCCAAUGUUACGACUGCAACUACAAGCCUGGUACGAAUGUAGGUUUCCCAGCCUGCGCACUCUCAACCGCUGCAGAGAUCGCUCUCGUGGCCAAGACACCAUGCGCUUCCAACAGAUGCUUCGUCAGACAAGACUCAAACGGAAUUAUCUAUCGUGGAUGUGGCGACGACUCUCAUCUUCCAUUUGGAGCUGACACAACUAAACAGUGCGCCCUUCAGGCACAGUCAACUUGGUACUUCUGCAUGGGUUCCCUAUGUAACUCCCCAACCUUUGCCGCCGUAUGUCCCCUUGCUACCCUCCCAACAACCACAACAACCACCGCUGCACCUACAACCACAACAACUACAGCUGCACCCACAACCACCACCACCACAUCUGCGCCUACAACCACAACAACUACAGCUGCACCCACAACCACCACCACCACAGCUGCGCCUACAACUACAACAACUACAGCUGCACCCACAACCACCACCACCACAGCUGCGCCUACAACCACAACAACUACAGCUGCACCAACCACCACAACAACCGCUGCUCCAACCACAACAACCACCACCGCUGCCCCAACACGCUGUUUCGAUUGCAACUACAAACCAGGAACUAAUGUUGGGUUCCCAGCCUGUAACCUGACUAACUCCAUCGAAACUGGACUUGUUGCUGUAACAACGUGCUCAUCUGCAAGAUGUUUCGUCAGACGAGACCCUAACGGAAUUGUCUACCGUGGAUGCGCCAACCCCUCUCAUCUUCCAUUCGGAGCGGACUCCACUCUUCAAUGCGCCACUCAAGCUGGCUCCAUCUGGGCAUUCUGCGACGGUGACCUCUGUAACACGAACCAGUUCACCGUCAGUUGCCCCAGCGCACCAGCAACCGUUGCCCAUGUACCAGUCACUUCUGCACCAGCAACUGCUGCACCAUCAACCGCUGCACCAUCAACCCAUGCACCAGCAACAGCUGCACCAUCAACCCACGCACCAGUGACACACUAUGUACAUGCCCACCAUCCACCUGCCCCAGUCCAUCAUCACGUCCCCGCUCCGGUGUAUUACUAUCCAUACUAUUACCAUCAGCAUCACUACGCACACGCCCCUCACUAUCCACACGCCCCUGUUUACCCAUACGCCCAUCAUCACGCACAUCCCCAUGCGCACGCACCUGCUCCCGCAGCCACACAUACCCACGCAACAGCACCAACACACGCACCGGCCCCAACACAUGCACCGGCACCAACACACGCACCGGCAACAGCAUCUAAUGGCAUCGUUCACGUCCCUGGUGGCAUCCAGUACCCUAACUUUGCUAACUACGUGGCAGCCCCGGCACACCCUUUUAAAUAAAUGGCGUAAAUCGCAAAGGGAAAAUAAAUCUUUAUGGUAGAACCCAGGACAUUAUUGACUUUAAAUAAUAAACCCAGUGAAUUCGAUUGGAGAACUCUUAAAGGUGCCCUUUUCAACUUUCUGCUCAGGGUCCUUUGCCAAAUAAGUUGUUUUACAAUUGAAUUAACUGGUCAUUAUAUUAUGUCAGAUAUGAGUUAUUCAAUAGGAUAAAUAAAUAGUUAUUUAUUUUAA